AUGGGUAAAAGAGCAGCUGAGGAUUCAAACAAACCAGCAAAGAAAAGAUUCAAGAAUGUUUCUAAAUUAAUCGAUCCUAAUACUUCAGGGAUUUAUGCAACUUGUCCACGUCGUAAAGAAAGCAGUUGUCGUCAAGAACUAAUGAAUUUAUUAUCUGAUAAAAUCCCUGAAUAUUUUGAUUUAAGUAAAACUAACGAAGAUGAUGAAGAUGAAGAUGAUGAAAAGAAAGAACUCUCCAUUGAAGAUAAAAUUAAAUUAGAAUUAGAAGAACUUAAAGAUAUCAAAGAUUCCAAAAAAGAAUUACUUCAACCGAUUGAACUUGAUGUUGAAUGUUUAAUUUUCAUUAAAACUAGAAAACCAAUUGAUCCAGAAUUAUUAGUACAUAAAAUAUGUAAAGAAAGUUAUGAAACAGGACAAAAGACAACUAGAUAUACUCAAAGACUUAUGCCAAUAAUGGAUACAUGUACAAUAGGAGGUGAUGAACCAUUGGAUAAAAUUAGAGAAUUGGCUAAAAAAGUAUUAGCACGUCAUUUUCAUAAUGAAAAAGAUCAAAAACCUAUAAAAUUUGCUAUUCAAGUAUCAAAGAGAAAUUUCAAUCAAUUACAAUCAGAUGGAAUUAUAAAAGCUGUAGCUGAAGCUGUAGGACAAAAUCAUGGACAUUCUGUUGAUUUGAAAACUUAUGAAAAAUUAAUUAUUGUUGAAUGCUAUAAAAAUAGUGUUGGUAUUGGUGUUGCUGAUGAUUUUUUGAAAUUUAGUAGAUUCAAUUUACAACAAAUCUAUGAAAAACAACAAGAUGAAAAGAAGUAA